ACCUCGGAGUUCUUCGUUCUAAUUUGCCAUGUGGAUUCGAUGUUUCGGGAAAAAUGUCUGUUGGAAAAUUAGAAGAAGGUUCUACCACACGCGGAAUUACACAACAAAUACCGAAAAUGAUAAGAAAAAAUUGGAGAUGAUUAGAAAUAUCGGAAUAAUGGCGCACAUCGAUGCUGGCAAAACAACGACAACCGAGAGGAUGUUGUUCUACUCGGGUAGCAUCUCGAACAUGGGAGAGGUUCACCACGGGAACACAGUGACCGAUUACAUGGAACAGGAACGCCAACGGGGUAUAACGAUAGCCUCGGCGGCAGUGACAUUUCCCUGGAAGAAUCACCAGGUCAAUCUGAUAGACACUCCAGGUCACAUAGACUUCACGAUGGGAGUGGAGCAGACCCUGAGUGCCUUGGAUGGUGCUGUGGUAAUUCUGGAUAGUUCGGCUGGAGUCGAGGCCCAGACGACGACGAUCUGGCGACAAGCGGACAGAUAUUCUCUCCCCAGGAUUGUUUAUUGUAACAAAAUGGACCGAGGAGAUGCCGAUUUUGACAUGUGUCUCAGGUCCAUCCAGACGAAAUUCGACGCGACACCACUACCUGUUCAAAUGCCUAUCAAGAAUUUCAAUGAUCAAUCGACGCUCUCGAUAAUUGAUCUGCUGACUCUGGAGAUGGUGACUUUCGAUAAGAGUAAUCAGGGGCGCCGGUACCAGCGACAGAAGCUAAAGGACAACGACGAGAUCCUGAAUGUUGCGAAGGAGAGGAGAAGGUGUCUUACGGAUAGAUUAUCAGAAUUGGAUGACCAACUGGCUGAUAAAAUCAUCCAGGAGGAGUCACUGGAUGAUAUCCCAGGGCAGCUGCUCCUGGAGUCUCUCCGACGAAUAACCCUGCAGCAAAAGGGAGUGCCAGUACUGCUGGGGAGUUCCUACAAGAACGUGGGGGUCCAGCUUCUGAUGGACGCGGUUGUCUUCUACCUCCCGUCACCGAUGCACCACCAGAAGGCGAGUCUUUACAGCUGUUUCAAGGACUCUUUCGCAGCGAGAGCCUUCAAGGUGAUACACGACAAGCAACGAGGACCCAUCACCUUCUUCCGGGUAUUCACAGGGAAGCUGUCCAAGGGCCAGAAAAUUUACAACGUCCAGAGAGAGAGAACUGAACAAGGAGGAAAGCUUUACGCAGCGUACGCCGAUGAUUACGAAGAGAUUCCGGAGAUCAGCGAGGGGAACAUCGCAGCCCUGGGGGGACUCAAGUCAACGGUCACUGGUGAUUUGUUGGCAGCCAGUGCCACAGCUGUCAAUCGAGCUAAAGAAAUCCUCGAGAAGAGGAGGGACGUGAGAGAAAUUGACAGACUUACCCUCUUCAACCCUACGAGGGUACCUGAUCCUGUCUUCUUCUGCUCCAUCGAGCCACCGUCAAUGGCUUAUCAAUCUGCUCUGGACUCUGCUCUCCAGCAAUUAGAGAGAGAAGACCCCAGUCUCAGGGUUUCCGUUGAUUCGGAGACAGGGCAGACAGUUUUAUCCGGAAUGGGAGAGCUGCACAUCGACAUUAUCAAGGAGAGAAUCAGAACGGAGUAUAAGAUCGACGUUGACCUGGGGCCUCUGCAGAUCGCCUACAAGGAAACUAUUGAGAGGCCAAUCAAGGACUCCUUCAAACUCCAUCAUGUGGUGGCGAGCACCAAGCAUGACGUCGACGUAACCAUGAGUCUGAUUGAUAACUACGAAGGUGAGAGCGUCCUGAUGAUGGACAACACGAAGGAGAGCGCCUCCAACCUGGCAGGGGUCCAUCCGAAAUUCAUGAAUGCCGUCAAGAAUGGAGUGACAGCUGCUCUGAACAGCGGACCCAGGCUGGGGUGUCCUGUCAUCAAUGUCGGGGUCAAACUCCACUGGCUAGAGGUUGGCAAGGGGACAUCCGAGACUAUGGUUGCCUCUGCAGCCACUCAGUGCAUUCGGAAGCUACUGAGGGACGCGGGCCUGUUGCUGCUGGAGCCCAUAAUGCAGCUGGAGAUCGUGACCCCUGAGGAGUAUGCACCCAGUGUUCUGGCGGAUCUGGGCCGGAGGAGAACUGAAAUUCAAGAGGUCACUGUCAGGAGGAAUGACAAAAUCAUCAGAAGUUUGGCUCCACUCAGUGAACUCCUCGGUUAUGCCACUCGAUUGAGGAUUUUGACAUCAGGCAACGGCAAUUUUUCCUUGGAGUUUGAUAGCUACCAGAGGAUGGGACCCCUCGAGGAACAGCAGGCCAUCAAAAAUAUCACUGGGUUCUGAAUCCAGUGGAGUUUUAAUUGUAAGAUUAAAAAUUCUGUAAUAUAAUUUAGGAUUGAAUAAAUGUUAUCGUAUUACG